AUGGGUACCGAGAUGUCUCAUCAGCAGAACGACGAUCAUACAUCUCAGCCGUCCCAGGAUGGCUCACAGAGUUGCGAGAUGUGGAUGUUCGAACACAUAGUUGAUGCCAUGACACAGUUAAGAUCGAUAUGGACUGAGAUCAACGCGCCUCCCCCGGCUACGAUCGAGCGAUACGUAGUGUUGUCCGCCUCCGAAACACUUCACGAUUCAGAAUGCCCUAUCUGCCAGGGAGACUAUGACGAGGAUCAGCAUCCAGGCGCCGAAGACGAAGAAGAACAUUACUAUGAAGUCUUCUACGACGAAGAAGAAGAACAACUUGAAGCAGAACUUGAAGCAAGACUUGAAGCAGAAUUUGAAGAAGAACAUGAAGAAGAACAAGAGGAAGAAGAGGAAGAAGAGGAGGAAGAGGAACAGGAACAGGAAGAGGAAUGGGAAUGGGAAUGGGAGGAAGCUGAACAAGUCCUCAGUCCGCAACAGCGUGAACAACGCGAUAGGCACUGGGCCAACUUAACCGAAGUCAGCAAUAUCUUGCAAAACAUCGAAACAAUCGCUAUUCCCCCACUUGAGGGUGGGGGGCAUAUAAGCCUGGCUCUUCAAGUCGUACGCACUGAUCCGACUAUUCAGGAUGAAGACCGCGCCCUCAGGCAAACACUGACUCGCCUCUGGAAUGAAAGCCGUUAUCUCAACGAGCUCCUGUGUAUCAAUUUCGAACGCAAGCAGGAGGAGCAGCAAAGGGAAAUACUGCGCGCUGAAAGGGAGAGGAACGUACUGCAGGUUGAGAUGAUGCAGUUUACCGCUAAUUUCCGGAGGAUGUAG